AUGUCGCCAGUGCAAGAGCAACAUGAUGGUGCAGCUGAGGGUCUGAUCGAAGGCAAAGAGGUGCAACACACGAUAGAAAUGCUUCCAGAACAUUUGCAGGGACUCCAGUACAACCACAAUGUCAUCCAUUUCUUGAAGCACCAACUGAACCAGGUUUCCGAUCUGGAAAGGCCAUAUUGUGCAACCCCAGAGUCCUGGGAGGAGUUCGAAACGGUGAUCAUGAAGGGCCAGAGGCUCAUCCGCAUGCAUCAAAUUACGUUCGACCCAUUAACUUUCUACGAUACAGGACAUGCAGUGCGCAUGAUUGAGCAGAUCAGCCGGGCGCUGUAUGCGUAUCUUGAGGAAUGGGGUCUAAGCGACACUGUGAAGUGCUCUUAUGAGGUCCCAGACCACCUUGUCACCGAAGAUAGACGAUGGUUGGAUGCGCUGGUUGAAUACAUCUUCCUGGACGUGGACUGUAGCUUUGAAGAUGCCCAUGUGUACAAUGAAUGGGCAGGAAUUAGGCGCGAGCUCAAGGGUCACAUGAAGCACCUGCAGCCCAUUUCUGAUGGCGACGUCACAUGCACUGAAAGGAUCGGCGUUGGUGCCAUCAGCACAGUGUACAAGGGUCUUUGGAUGGGGUCGCCUGUGGCGGUCAAGAUUCGAAGGGGGGAUGGAAGCAUCGCC